AACAACAGCGCCACAAUUUACAGCGGAAAAUUUUGAAAAUUGAUUGGAGUAAUUUAGCGAAGAAAAAAAGUUUUGUUUGAUAAAUGUGAGGAAAUUGCGUGAAAAAAGUCUCUUCCGUGUACAUAAGAAAGCCCGCAGUGUGUCAAGAUGAAUGUGAAAAUGCCGGAUUUCAAUGUGAAGAAGCUGGUGAAGGAGGCAGGAAGUACACUGUCGCGGGUGGUUCAGUUGACGGAGGAAAAACUAGGCACGUCGGAGAAGACAGAAUUUGAUUCGCAUUUUGAGAAUCUCUGCGAACGGGCAGAAUGUACGAAGAACUGGACGGAGAAGUUGGUACGGAACACCGAGGCUGUUCUCAUUCCCAAUCCGGGCAAUCGCGUUGAGGACUUUAUCUUUGAGAAGAUUGAGAAGAAGAAGCCAAAUCGUCUGAGUAAUUUGGAGUACCUCGGCCUUGACAUGAUUGAGGCUGGCGGGGAAUUUGGUCAGGAUGGAGCAUAUGGGAGUACGUUGAUCAAGGUGGGACAGGCUGAGCAGAAGCUGGGGCAGUGUGAGCGGGAUUUUAUUGGUUCAGCGGGAAUGUGCUACACACAGCCCCUGAAGAAAUUCCUCGAGGGUGAAAUGAAGACCAUUCUAAAGGAGAAGGGUAUCCUUGAGACCAAAAGAUUGGAUCUCGAUGCGUGCAAGAAUCGCGUGCGGAAGGCCAGAAGUAUGCUGGGACAGCAAACGAAAGACGGAAUUCCACCAGAGGUGACUCUGGAGCAGGCUGAACAGGAUCUCCGAAUAGCUCAAUCGGAAUUCGAUCGUCAGGGUGAGAUUACAAAGCUCCUCCUCGAGGGGAUAAGCACUUCACAGUCUAGUCAUUUGCGCCAUCUUCACUCCUUCGUGGAGGUUCAAGUGCGCUACUUCAAUCAAUGCGUUGAGAUUAUGAAUGGGCUGCAGCGGGAACUGGCCAGUUUGGGAGGCCCCAAUCCGUACGUUCCCGUUGGGCUGCCAGAUGAAAAGAGCAACAACGAUGCAAAUGGGAGUGAUGGGGGCGGAAGUAGCAUGAAGCGCGCCCGUGUGCUGUGUUCGUACGAUGCCAGCGGAAGUACAGAGCUCAAUUUGACGGCAAAUGAGGUGAUAUUUGUGUCAGAAUGUAAUCCACCGAAUCCCGACUACAUGUAUGGGAAGCAGGGCUUGCUCAAGGGGCUCGUGCCACGGGCAUUCCUCGAGAUGCUCGACGAUUGAGCACCACCCGCAAAAGACACAUUUACUGUGGAGGACAAAUAAUUUAUUCACUAAUAUACAAAAUUAUAACUAACUAAUAUUAUAUUAAAAUUAUACAUAUACAUAUAUUAUGAUCUUACAUUUUAGAGAUGAAGAUUAAAUUAAAAAAAAAAGAGAAGAAGAACAUGUGAGUUAAUGUGAGAUGGUUAGCAAAAUUAAUAAUAAUUUACCAACAAUAUAACGUGUUUAGAAGAAGAAAAAAAGAACAAACGAAAAAAGAACGCAAUAUUCUCCAAUUAAAAUCUAAUGUUUAGCGUUCAACAAAUUCUUCGUGCAAUUAUUUUGAACAAUUUUAGAAUUUUGAGAAUUUUUAGUGCUAUUCAUUUUAUUCUAAAGAACUCUGAGUACGCAGAUUAAAUUAACAGACGGAAUUAGCAAAAGAAUUUAUUUUAGAACUCUUAGCUUAGAGGGACGAGAUUAUUAUCAUAGCUCCAUGACAGAAUUCUGAAAAUAAAAUACUUUUAGGUACAUUUAGAACACAAAAAUAUUGCGAGAAAAUUACUAAUUUGAUAAAAUCGAGGGGUUUGUAACUUUGCAGACUUUAUAGAAUAUUUUCAAAAUGAGAUAAAAUCAAAUCUUUCAAAAAUUGUCAAAAAAAAUUAUUUUACAGAAUUUUCGCACCUAAGCUAAAGAACUAGUCAGACAGUUUUAGGAUUUCUUAAUUUUUUUUUAAGAAAUUAAGAACAAAAAUUAAAGUUUUUAAAAUAGUCUUAAAAAAAAACAUAAUAUUUCUUUAGUUAGACUGAAUCGGGCUAAAUGCAUAUUUUUGAACAUUUUAAAUUUAGAAUGAUUCAGCCUAAAAGAAAUCUCAAGUUUUAAUAAAAAAAAUACUUAUUGUUAGAACAUUCUUAAGAAAACUUUAGAAAUCUUAAGACUAACUUGUAAAUUUCACCCAUUUGACUAUAUUUUUUUCCCUUACUUCAGGCUCCUCGAUAUUUGCAUCUCUUAGUAAUUUUUAUCAGAUUAAAAAUUAAAAAAAUAUAUAUUUUAAAGAAGUAGAAAUUCUCAAAACAAUUGUAGGUACCAACUAACUCACAAUUAUCAAAAAAAAAAAAAACAAAAUGCUGCCCUCUUGUGACAUUUUUAUUCAUUAUUUUAUAACUUGCGCCAUCUUGAAUAUCUCACAAUUUAUUAUUAUAUUUUAUUUUUAUUAAAUAAUUUUUAUUUUUUGCAUUCUGCAUUAUAUAACAAUGCAAUAACACUGCCGGCCAAAAUUUGGAUCUCAACAUUACAUUUUAAUUUUUUUUAAUCACAUGACAAAGUUUGUGGUUUUUUUUUUGGUCAGCGAGAGAGCUUUAUUUUUGAACUUUAAAAGAAUUUUACUAAAAUAAUGAUUAUUUUGUGGAUAGUGUUAUCAACUAUAAAUUGAUUUUUUUUCCUUAUUUUAUUGAAAAUAUUAAAAAUUAUUUUAUUAACAAAUUAAAUUUUGAAGAAAAAAAGAUGAAAAAAUAAUGAAAGAAAAACAUGUUUAAAUAAUUCCUUUUGAAAAGCUGUGGUAUAUAUUUCUUAUAUUUAUUUACUUUUUCUCCUUUGAAUUUUUCAAAAGAAUUUGUGUUGAAAAUAUAUUACAUAUAGAUAUUUCUUUUGCUUUAAUAAAAUAAAGAAAAAAAGCAACGCAAAAAAAUUAUUGUGAAAAUAAAAAGACAAAAAAAAUUAAAUAAAUCAAUUAUAUUGAAUGCUAAUAGAUCUAUAUGAGAAUAUUAAAAGAUAUAUUUAUUGAAAUUUUAGGGCUUCUAUAUGAAAAUAUACUUUAAUGCGCUAUUUGAAGAAGAAAAUGUAUCCAAAAAAAAGAACAAUUUAUUCAAUUUAUAUACUCUCAUUAUGUCUCAAAUUUAUUCACUGAAUUGUAAUUUGUAAUUAAAAGAAAAGUCUCGCUGUGAAAGAGCGAUGAAUCCCCCCUUUAAUGUCACUAAUUAAACUUACAAUUAACUUAAUAAACAUUCUUCCAUUUGUAAUUGUUAUUAAAAAAAAGAAGAAAUGAAGACAAGAAGAAUCUAUUAUUAUUAUAUAUUUAAAUCACUUAAUAAACUUGAUAAGCGACACAUUUUAGAGAGAAAGAACAAACUCACUAUAUAUAAAACUUAUCGAAUAUAUAUAGUUAUUACUUAUUCUCUAUUAAAUAUAAAAUUUAAUGGAAAAGAGCAAAGCAAGGACAGCAAAAGAAAAUUAACAAAAAAACGAAAAGUAAAAGAUGUUGGAUUGUUGUUGAUUUUUUCUUUUUGAAAAAAAAAUCUUUUUAGCUUCUGUCGCCAUAAAUGAAUGUUGUUUGUCAAUUAAAUUCCAAAAGAGAAAAAAAGAAAUUCUCAACCUCAAAAUUAAUCUCAGCCAUAAAAUGAAACUUUUAGAGAGGAAUAGGAUGAUAAAAAAAAGAAUUAUGAAAGUUUAGCAAAAAAAAUUGAAAAGUGCAAAAGAUUGCUUUUGUUCAAUUGUUAAGAGUGCCUCAUAGAGUGGCAGAAAAAACUUGUAGGAUUUUAGUGAUGCAAAAAGGACAACAGAGUGUCUGAGAAUGUUAAAUUUUAGACCAUUUACCACCCACACACCUUAUGAAUUUACAGACAUAGAGAACCUCAUUGCCGAUACUCCAUUGUGUAGAGAAGAAAAGCCCGCAGAGUGAUUAAACGAUGAAUGAUACGAAUCUUGCAAUUUAGUUUAUGAAAAAUGAAAUGAAAACAAAAAAUAAAAAAACAAUAAAUUUGUGAUGUGUUUAAAAAAAAA